AGCUCUGAGUCCAGAUGUGCUCGAUAGCUGCAAGAGGAAAGUAUCAUGGGGUUUCUGCUGCCACUCCUGCUUGCUCUGGUAGCGUCAGUCCUAGGAGGGCUCUAUCUCCUGGGAUCAUUCCGUCGAAGGCAGCCUGGAGAACCCCCCUUAGAUAAGGGACCUAUCCCUUGGCUUGGCCAUGUCUUGGAGUUUCGCAGGGACACUGCAAAGUUCCUGGAGAGAAUGAAAGCAAAACAUGGUGAUAUUUUCACAGUGCAGCUGGGUGGGUUUUACUUCACAUUCCUCAUGGAUCCCCUCUCCUUUGGGAAUAUUGUAAAAGAGGCCCGCACAAAGCUGGAUUUCAACAAGUUCGCAAAGCAGCUGGUACAGAAGGUUUUUGGGUACUAUUCCAUGGAAAAGGAUCACAAGUUUCUGCAGUUGACAAGCAACAAGCACCUGAUGGGGGACGGUCUGGUGGUUAUGACCCAAGCCAUGAUGAAUAACCUGCAGAAUCUGAUGUUGCACGAAGUGGGCAAAUCUGAGGACCAAAAGACCUGGAUUGAGGCUGGACUUUUCAUGUACAGUUACAACAUCGUAUUUAGGGCCGGCUACCUUGCCCUGUUCGGUAAUGAGACACCCAAAGCCUCAGGGAGCUUAAUGAAGGCCAAAGAAGCUGACAGAAGACAAUCUGAAGAGCUCUUUCAGGAGUUUCGCAAGUAUGACCAACUGUUCCCCAAGUUGGCCUAUGGGGUGUUGCCGCCCAGUGAGAAGAGGGAGGCAGAGCGCCUGAAGAGGCUGUUCUGGAACAUGCUGUCAGUGCAGAAAGUGAAAACCAAGGACAAUAUAAGUGGAUGGGUGAGUGAUCAGCAGCAGGUGAGGGAAGAAAACGGGAUGCAGGAGUUCAUGCAGGACAGGUACAUGUUCUUGUUGCUGUGGGCGUCUCAGGGAAACACUGGGCCAUCCGCCUUCUGGCUGCUCCUCUACCUCAUGAAGCACCCCAAAGCCAUGAAGGCCGUCCAGGCAGAAGUAGAGGAGGUACUGAAGGAGUCCGGGCAGGAGGUGAAGCAAGGCGGCCCACUCAUCGACUUAACCAGAGACAUGCUAAUGAAGACUCCCAUCAUGGACAGCGCUGUGGAGGAGACGCUCCGUCUAACUGCCGCCCCCGUCCUCACGAGGGCCGUGCUCCAGGAUUUGACCCUUACGAUGGCAGACGGACAGAAGUUUCAUAUCAGGGAGGGCGAUAGGGUAUCCCUCUUCCCGUACACUGCUGUUCAAAUGGAUCCAGAAGUCCACCUCGACCCACACACAUUUAAGUACGACCGCUUUCUCACACCAGAAGGGAGUAGAAAGACAGAUUUCUACAAGGGCGGAAGGAAGCUGAAGUUUUACAACAUGCCAUGGGGAGCUGGGGUCAGCAUAUGUCCAGGUCGCUUCUUUGCCACAAAUGAGUUAAAACAAUUUGUUUUUCUCAUGCUCAUCUACUUUGAAUUUGAGCUUAAGAAUCCAGAUGAAGAAAUGCCUACGAUUGAUACCAAACGCUGGGGCUUUGGGUCCAUGCAACCAACCAAAGAUAUUCAAUUUAACUACAGGCUCAGGUUCUAGAACGUGCUUGCCAAAGCUUUUAAUGAAACUUUUAAAUAUUGUAGGUUUUAAUAUCAAUGCUAACCGUGUGUUAACCUAUGAGAAUGCAUAUUAUUAACAUGAAUGCUUCUACUUUUUCUAACCUAUAUGAUAUUUACAUUAGACAUUUAGUCAUUUAGCAGACGCUCUUAUCCAGAGCGACUUACACUAAAUACAGGGACAUUCCCCGAGGUAGGGUGAAGUGCCUUGCCCAGGGACACGCCAUUUAGCAUGGCCAGGAAACCGGCAACCUUCUGAUUGGUAGCCCGUUUCCCUAACCGUUUCCCUAACCGCUCACCUAUCUGACCCCCCAGCCUAUACUAAAUUUAGAACAUAAUAGAAUAUCUUUAUUUGUCAUUGAACAAGUACAACGAAAUUGAGGUAGCAGCUCUCAGACUCAGUGCAGUUGAAAAGUAUAAAAACAAAAACAAGACAAAAUAUAGACUGAACUAUACAGAUUUACCCUGUAAAUACUCAGCUUAAGUAAAAACAAGUAAAAACACAAGACAUAUUACACAACAGAGAGACAAAUACAGGUCAGUUUUGUGCAUUGUUAAGUGUUAUGAUAGCUCUGCGAUAGAAGCUGUUUCUCAGCCUGUCUGUUUUUGCUCUGAUGGUCCUAAAGCGCCUCCCUGAGGGCAACAUUUCAAAUAAGUGGUGACCAAGGUGUGUUGAGUCUCUGAGGAUGCUGUGGGCUUUCCCGAGGCAGCGUGUUUUACAGAUGUCCUUGUUAGUUUUGUUUUUUUGUUUUUUUUGUUAGUACUAAUUUUCUAGUAAUGUAUUUUGUUAAUACAUUUUCUUAUAUACAGUGGAAGAUAUUUUAACAUGUUGUUUAUUCUUAUAGAAGGCACUUUUAUACAAAGCGACACAUACAUAGUACGCACACAUAGUACAUAUACAGCAGUAAGUGCAGCAACAAAAUCUACGCUGUAUCCCUGGGUUUUUCAGUGUUAACUGAAAAACGAUUGCACUAAUGAGACUUUCUGGGAUAUGUAUGUUUUUGUUGUGCUCUCAUCUACCCUACAAUUUUAUUAUUGUAAUAAAUGAGCUCCAAAUUUUAAUAAACAUGCUU